GUUAAAACGACAAUUUUUCUGCCACAGUCGGUGUUCGAGCAAUGCCUGCAGUCACUGUGAGAAACUUCACAAAGCAAACAGUUGUCAAUAUUUCCUAAUGGAAUUUUUCACAGUAAUAAGCGGUGCAUUCACGUUUUAGGAAGAAGGCUUUUAGUGGAGCGCCCUCCUCUGUGCACGCGGUGGCGCAUUGCUCAUCAGCCCCAGUCUAUUUUCCUUAUCAAGUCCCGACAUCACCUUCAGGAAUGCCCAGCGGAAUGAACCGCGACAACGCUGUGGACGUCCUGUUCGACGACGGACUGAUGCGGUAUGCGCGCGUGGUGGACGUGGCUGACAACGGGCUCUUCGUCGAUCUGCUCUGUCCCGACCGACGCCGUGAACUCGUCUCAUUCGACCGUCUUUUUGUGCUGAGCAAGAUGAGCGAAGCGGAUCUGUCUCCCACUACUUUCAAGGAGUUCCCGACCGAUCCCGUGGAAGUGUUGGUACCGGAGACGUCGUUGGGUCCGUGGAUUUGGAUCUCCGGUCAAGCGGUUAGUUUCGGACCCGGAAUGGCGCGGGGGGAGUGCCGCGGAGCCUUGGCGGAGUGGCGGUGUCCGUACAGCGGAGAGGUGUGCCAAGAUUUCGUCCCCAGCGAACGAAUCCGCUGGUCUGUGCAGGCGGAGCGGAAUGCGCGGCGCCUAGCUUACUGUCAGCGCAUUGCAGCGAUGGGCAAAGGGAUCUCUUCUUCGGAUCAGGAGGCUGCGCUGCAAGAUCACAUUGGUCCAGAAACCCUUGUCAAACAGACUCUGCAGCUAGACGACCGAUUUCGCUCGCUGUCCAGUGAAGAAGCCGAGACGUUUGUCCGGGAGUUGAACGGCUGUGGACUGGAUCUCUGUCGCUGCACGGUUUUCGUGAUGGACUUCGUGGACGGGAAUUUGGUGUACAUUUGCCAGUCGGGACAUUCCCAACCCGUUCAUUCCAAAAACCGGCGCUCUUUGGCGUCUCUCGCCAGUCUGUAUCUCGACUGGAAGCUGUUCGACCGGUCCCAGUUGGCACCCCCCGUCCUGGCAACGCCUGACAGGAUAACGCUGUCUGUGGAACUAUGGCUGGAGUUCUUUUCCCACUGGAGAACUGAGGAGCAAAUGGAGUUGCGCGCGGUGUGCAAAACGUGGGACACGCUGAUCGCCGAGCCCGUGGUAAGCAGCCGCAUUACGCUGGGCGGCUACGAUGACGCCAAAUGGCGAUUUCGCCAUUUUUUCCCCCCUGCGACGCUGUACAAAUGCCUGCAGCCGGGCACGCAUUACAUCCUAAUGGCGCAUUCCGGCUUUCCGGAUAACGCGGCGCGGAACGCCGCUGUGGAGGAUAUGCUGAUGCUCAGCCGGAUGAUCCGCUAUGCGGCGCAGCAGCGAACCGGCAUCCGACUGCGCCAGCUCCAUAUCCACCGCUUCGAUGUGGUGCUGGCCGUCAACUCCGCUGUGUCGCGUGCUAGCAGUCCCGAAUGUGUCCUGCACAACGAUGAUUCCGCGACGGUCAAGACCAUUGUGAAUCGGGAUUUCCCCUCGCUGCAGGAUUUUAUCGCUGCCUGCGACAGUUUGCCGUGCAAAGCAGUCCUCUUGACCAGCUCCGAGGUCAGCUUGGUCUACGCAUAUUUCUUCCUUGGACGAAUGGAAGCAGUCAUGGUCCAUGUGGAGAUUCGUAAAGUCCGACUGCUGAUUGGUCCCGAUUUCGGAGGGGCACUAUGGAAUGCCAUGGACGCGACGUUGCCGGUACCGAGUAAACAGACGCUACAGGAACUCUUGGAUCGGUUGAAUUAUCGGAAUACGGAUGCCCAGCGAGAACUCAAGCAAGUCGUCUGCCAGAUGCUGUGUGCGCUGCAGUCAGCCGAUCCGCGUCCCUCGGCGCACUACCACGGGAAGAAGUGGUGCGUGGACGGGCUGCAGGGUUUGCAGGUGGAGAAGUUGUCGCGCACUGCCCGCCAUUUCCUCCUUGCGCUACAAACCGUGACUUGCAGUCGGUCAAUCGGGUGACCAUCUGGUUUCCGGCUAUCAGUACAACGGGAUGUUUUUGAGAUGCCCUUAGUACGAUCACAGUAAUUGCCCAUUGCGAAACCUUACCAAUUCGCUGUAUGUCGUUUACUACUUUCACUUCGA